GAGAGUGAAAACCGUGCAGAGGGUGCAACAACCAAGGUUGCGGCCUCUUUCUCAACCGCUCCGGCAUCACCGGAACUUGGAAGCGGUUGAGCUGGUGGGAGACAGCUAUAUCUGCUCGUGUUGCGGAGCCACAAGGGCGCCUUGGCAGGACUUUCGGUGAAGAGCGUUACCCGACAGGAGGUAGCAGAGAACCAUGGCGGCGGACACGACAACGACAACGGAUACGACGGCAGAGACGACAACAACCACCGUCGAUGCCACCCAAGUACUGACCGACUUCAGCGAGGUCGUCGCCUCGCUCAAGGCUUCCUGCGAAGCAGACGUGACCACGGCCGCCCUGUCCUCGGUGAUGGGAAAGCUCAAGAUCAUGGCCGAUGCCGUCGCCGCUCUGGACGCCUCCCCGACUCUCAAGAGCAUGCAGCUCAGCUCCGACAUGGCCGAGCUGGCGCUGCUCUGCCUCCCACCCGACACGAAGGACGUGCUGCUGGGCACCGGCUGCUCGAGCGACCUGGCUCUGGAGCUCGUAUGCCGCUACCUCACCAAGCUGCCGGCCCUCGCAAAGACUCUGUACAAGCUUCCUCCCUGGAGCUGUACGGCGCUCUGGUCGCUCGCGGCGUCAACCCGGACAGGCGUCCGUGGGCGAAGAAGCUGCUGGCCCAAUUUUCCACCCUCACCGAGCUGAGGUGGCUCUCCUGGAGGCGACUGAUGAACAUACUCGACAUGGGGGUCACUCUGGGGCUGGAGAACCCGGCGGCCGAUCACCAUGAGCACGAAGAAGACGACGACCACAGCGCUGAUGAGAAGUCGAAGAACGGGAAAACACCCGCGACGGCGGCCGAGGCGGCGGCGGCGGCGGCGGGGAUGACGGCCGUCCUCCCGCCGGUCGUGCGAAAGCCGCCCGCCCUAUCGAGGGGCGAGGUGGCCGUCCUGGAGGCCCUGUACGCCGUGGGUUCGGACGCCCCCCCGAUCAGGAAGCAGGCCCUGGACUUCGGCCUGGGCCUUGACGCCGCGGGGCAGCUCGAGAGCGAGGGCAUCCUGACCUCCUCGAAGCUGACCGAGUCCAACAUCACAUCGUUCCAGACCAAGCUCAAGGUGCCGGGAAAGAGCGAGGCCGAGGUGAAGUCGGCCCUCAUGGCCAUGGUGUCCAACAAGAAGGGGGUGCCUGCGGAUCAAGAGGAGGACGACGACCCGCUAUGCGGAUCGUUCGACACGAACGAGGAGCUGGUCGCUGCGGCGGGCGGCGGCAUGGCGCUGUACGGCGUGAACUUCUUCCCCAAUGAGAACGACGUCACCCUCAAGCCCUACGCGCCCAUCCUCAAGAAGCCCACCUUCGUCGAGAUGGCCGGCGCGUCGGCGAGCUUCGAGGCCUCCGUGCUGCACUCCACGGAGCAGUCCAUGGCUUCCAACUUCACCAAGACCACGGAGAACGGGGGCAUCAGCAUCGCACAGUCCUCCUCCACGUCCUGGGGCGUCAGCGCCAGCGUCUCGUCCUUCGGGGGCGCCGCGAGCGCGAGCGUUUCGGCGGACUCGAGCGGGACGGAGGAAGGGACCGGAGAAGCCAAGGGGAGCAACGCCUUCUCCGCGAACAACAAGACCACCACCACGUCGGCGACCACCGUGGAGACCAUCACGUGCCCCAUGAAGUCGUUCCGCAUCCCGGUGUCCACCAUGACGAUGACGGAAGAGGCUCUCGACCACGCCUUGGAGGUGGACACCCUGCUCAAGGCCGGGCAGUUCCUCGACACCUUCGGCUCCCACGUCUCCAACGGCCGGCACCUCCUCGGGGGAAUUUUCUUCCGCACCAUGACCAUGACCACGGAAUCCGAGGUGGACACCUCCACCCUCCUCGCCGCCGCCAGCACCCAGAUGCAGCAGAGCAGGACCGAGUCCAGCGACUCCACCGCCUCAGCGGGCGCCGGGACCGUGGGUGUCUCUGUGGCUGCGAGUGCCACCAUGAACAGCGCCUCCAGCUCGGGAGUCGUCAAGUUUCACGCCACCGCCGGCCACAGCGAGAGCGAGUCUGAGGACUCGCGGGCCAUGUUCCACUCCUUCGUUCGGUCGAUGGGACCCAACGUGGCGACGCCCGAGCUUUUCGCGGAGGCGCUAUUCACCGACACCUCUUCCUGGACCGUCAUCGACCGCGGGCCGUUCGAGGCUCUCCUCCCCGUCACCGCCGUGCUCGAGAACAUGCUGGUUAACUUCGACCCCGCGUCUCCGUCGAAAACGAAGCUCGAGGUGCCCGUGUCCCUGAGGAACAUGAUCGGCCGCUCCUUCGCCACAGAGGAUGCCCAAGACCUCAUCAGGGCGGCCGUCAUCAACCUGUUCGAGAUCCUGGAAAGCGAGGUCGAGUCUAACUUGGAGGAGGCAGCGGAGGCCAUCUCGAAUGCGGUGCUCGCCACCGCCAAGGAGAUGGAGUCGAAGCCUCCCGGACAGGCCGAUUUCUUCCCGACGCUGCAGUCCAAGAUAGCCGAAACUCCCGAGAUCACCGGAAAGUACGACUUCAAGACGAACACGACCGAGUACCAGACCGCGGCGAGGAGCGCGAAGAAGCUGUCGUCGACGGAUUGGGUGGGGUUCGACCUCAUCUGGAAGAAGCGUCUCGGCAACAUCGCUCUCAAGGAAGCCCUCGAGACCCACAUCAAGUUCGAAGAGGCGACGCUGAGGCUUGGCGAGGUCAUCACCACCGAUGAGCCGCUCACCAGCGUCGACGGGAACUACCGUCUCGAGAUAUCUGGAAAGGCGCUGAGGGUCGUCAAGACUAGCACCGGCGCCGUAGCUGCAACCCUCUUCGAGGCGGAGGGCACGCUCGGCAGCAGCGCCAGCGCGCACAUGGAGGAGAACGGGUCGUUCGUGCUGGACCUCACCAUGAUCACGGGCUUCGAUCGCACGGAAACCCGGAUGGUUCUCUGGGUCGCGCCCAACACGGAGUCCGGCAGCGGCGGCUACGCCAGGAUGCAAAACAAUGGAAAGUUCGUCGUUUUCAACCGGAAGGGCAAGGCGCUGUGGUCCGCUGCUUCUUGAGGAAAACCCCGGGGGCAUCGUUCGUUGUCGUCGUCAACCUUGCGGGGGCGCAUAGAUAGCUUUCGAUCCGCCCCACGCUCUCAACCGCGUUGAAGUUCCUAGGCCGUGCCCGAGACGCCCAAACAUUCCACCUGCCUACCUACCGUUUGCCGUUCACUUUUUUCGCUGCGGGGUGCGCCCACUGCUGCUUGCUUUGGACGGUAGGUAGUUUUGUGUGCUAAACAGCGGUUUCUUUGAUACUAAGCCGACCUGCGAGGCUGUUGACGGUUGGUAAUAGGUACGGUUGGGUUGAGCAAGACUGCCUGAAAUACUUUUUUUCUAACCUG